UAUAAGAACCCUUGAGAUUAAUUGUUGCUAAUCGCUCUUUCAUUGCCAUGUGGUGGUGCUUUAUUCUAGGAUGCUAAUUAAAUUUCUUGGUCACCCUAAUCCAUUCAAUAACGUCCUGACCAGAAUUUUAGUCACUCUUUACUCCUCAUAACCUGCCCUAGCCUGAAAACCAUUUUUUCUCCAUUUGGUUGUUUGCUUGUUUUUUUUCUUCCCCUUUAUGUUUUAAUUUCGUUGCAAAAUUUCAUUCCUUUGCUUUGCGAAUCACCAACAUAAAAAAUGAGUCAUUGCAUUUUCUGCAAAAAUUAAACAAAUCCAUCUCUAACUUAAAUUCAUUAUACCUCUUUUUUUUUUUUCUUUUUCUUUCAGGAUGUCUUCCAAACCAGGUUUUAACAAAGAAGUCUUAAUGGACAUCCUUCUCAGGCUACCUCCGAAGCCCCUCGUUCGGUUUCUUUGCUCCUGCAAAUUCUGGAAUGAUUUGAUUAGCAGCUCACUUUUUGUUACAACACAUUUUAAUUUAAAUGCAACAAGACGUGACAACAUUUUUCUACUUUGCCUCCACCACCAAGAUUUUGAACGUAAAUUCGAUGUUGACGACCCUUUUGUGAAACAAGACCUUCAGUGGUCACUUUUUUCCAAUGAAACAUUUGAGCAGCGUUUCAAGUUAAAGCAUCCCUUAGGGAGCACAGAGCAUUAUGGGAUAUACGGUUCAAGCAACGGGGUACUUUGCAUUUCGGAUGAAAUAUUGAAACCCAAGAGCCGUAUACACAUAUGGAACCCAACCAUCGGCAAGUAUAGGACUGUUCCGUUGAGCAUCACCGACGACACGAAAUUUGGCUACAUUGCUCUCCAAUUCGGGUUCCACCCCGGGGUUAAUGACUACAAGGUUGUGAGGAUGAUGUGCAUGGACAACAAAGCAUUCGCCGUCGAGGUUUAUAGUCUUGCCACAAACUCUUGGAAGAUGAUUGAAGAUGUUCCUCCAUGGUUAAAAUGCACUUGGGAGCAUCAUCAAAGCACAUUUUUGAAUGGAGUUACAUACACCAUUAUUGAUAAAUGCCCUAUAAUCACCAUUGUGUCCUUCGAUUUGGGUAGCGAAAAAUUCGAAGAGUUCGUACUUCCUGAUGCCAUUUGGGGUAUAUGGGGGUUACAGAUUGGCAUUUACAAGGAACAAAUUUGCUUGCUCUAUGGAAAUUAUUGCUGCGAGGAGGAGGGCAUGGAUAAAAAUGAUUUUUGGGUUCUACAAAAGAAAGGGUGGAAAAAAUUGAGGCCCUUUGUUUUUUCUUCUGAUCGCUGCUAUUCAACAAUGGGGAUCAGUGUUGACGAUGAACUCUUACUCGAAAAGAAUGAUUUCACAGUGGGUGCAGCAGAUUUGUAUUUGUGUAAUUAUGAAUCCAGGCAGAUUCGUGAAACAGGUAUUAAGUUGGCCUACAUGCGUUAUGGCCAAAAUGAAUUAUUGUUUGCAAUUACUUACGUAGAAACUUUAGGUUUUCUCGAUUAUUAACUUGUGGCGCAACCAAAUAGAUGUUUACAUGAUUUAAGAUGAAGUGCAAAGCAUGGUUAUAUAUUUUUCUUUCUUAUUUUUCCUGCGCAAGUCGAGUUGGCUACAUGAUUUUUUUUUUUUUUUCCCGUCAGUAUUGCCUACAUGAUUUAGGGAUACAAAAUUAUAUUGGAAAUGCUCUCACAUACCACCAUAUCGAUAUCAUCUUGAUAUGUUGUCAAUAUUAUUGUACUUAGGCACACCUUGUUAUCAAUGGACAAAAAGCAGACAACUAACCACGAAGAAUCACACACACACAACCAUGACCUCCGUGAGAAAUUUCACUAGAAGACUAAAAGAAAAAAAUUGUUUACAAUCAAAACCCCAUUUGCCCCUAUUCAAAACCUAGCUCUCUUACUCAAACCCACCCAAUUUGAUGCCCUCUUCUAUUCUAAAUUGUUUAACAUAUAGCUUUGAAAAGUCCAAUUUAUACCAUAUAGGACUCGGUUUACAACUUAGAGCAUCUCCAGGAGAGUCUCCAAAUUUUAGCCAAAUUCUAACUAAAAUAGCUAGAAAGCUAUUAUAGAAACCACUUAAAAGGUGUUUUCUUCCAGCAAUGUUCUCUAUUUUGGCUAAUUUGAAAUAUUUUAUUAUUAUUUUCUCUUUCUCUUUCCUCCUCUUUCUCUUGCAAAUCCAAUAUAUUUAUUAAAAAAAAAGUAGAAUCCAAUCCCACCAACCUCCCAAAUGUCUCUAUCUCUCUCUCCCUUUUUCUCUUUCCUCCUCUUUACAUGUAGAGAGCCAAAAGUUGGUUCUCCAAAAUAGAGAGCCAAGUAGGGAGUCUGCUGGAGGAGGAUUUUCCUUCUUUUUAGCCAAAGUAGCUAGGGAUGAGAGG